GCUGUGGUCUAUCUUGGUUUAGUUAUUUUAAAAUAUAUAUUUUACUGUACUGUCUCUUAGCUAGCUAGCUAUAGUCUUCCAAUACGACAGGUGGCAGUAACAGACCUAUAACGUUACAUUUCAAACUUAGUGGACGCAUGUGUAGCUGCAUAAAUUUUUUGUAAAGAAACGGCGUGCAGCAACCAGGCAUAGCAGUGGAAUCAUGGCACUGAAUGCAGACGACGAUGACUUCGAGUGGACACCCCCUUCAGAAUCUGAGAUGAAGGUUAUUCAUGCUCAGCGGGAACGACAGGACAAAAUAAGCAAGCUCAUGGGUGCCUACCUCCUCAAUGGCUACAAAAUGUUAGGAGAAUGCUGCGAGCAAUGUGGGACGAUUCUCCUUCAGGACAAGCAGAAGAAGAACUACUGUGUUGCAUGUCAGGAGCUGGACUCUGACGUAGACAAGGACAACCCAGCCCUAAAUGCCCAGGCUGCCCUGUCACAGGUCAGAGAGAGACAGCUAGCCUCUCAGCCUUUCCCUCUGGACAAUGGAGCCCCCUCCAGUGACGCUCCCCUCUCCAUCACAGGGCAGCCCCGACCAGAGCACUGUGAGGGGGCUGCGUCAGGACUGAGAGGACCCCUACCUCCACCAGCAAACCCCACCCCUGCAACCACCGUGACCCCCAGCUUCCUCCCUGCGUCCACCCCCUCCAUCCAGCCAGUCCAUGUGCCAGCCCCCAUAGUAGCCCUUGCACCUCACCCAGCCCUGUCCAGUGCUGAGGACGCAGUGCUGCACAAGCUGCGGUGGGCCACACAGGAGCUCCAGCACUCAGCCUCAGUAGAGGCUAGUAUCCAGCUGUGCAGUCUCAUCCGCAGCUGUGCAGAUUCACUGCGCAGCCUGAAAGAGCUUCACCAAUCAUGAGACUGAACUGAUGGAAAUUCUAAAAACAGAAACAAGGCAUAAACACACGCCCACAUAAGCAACACCGGAAGUUAUAGCAGCUUGAUUCCCUUGCAAAGGUUUUUGUGGCAAAAGUGAACUGCUUCACCUCUGCCGGUAAAGGUUAUUGUAAUAAACUUGGACAACUGUCUGUGUAUGCAUCAUUUGUAUUUUGAGGACCUGUAGUGUUACAUCUUUUAAAACAUUGCUGUUACUUUUGAUUUGAAGGCUUCUCUGUGGAUUCAGGGUAAAGUUUUGACACCAACUUGCAUGGUGAGAAUGGGCACCUCUGAGUGGUUGAAUAUCUCUGAACUAAAUAUAGUUGAGUGUUGUUUGACUGGUUGAUAUUAAUGUACAUCAAUUGUUUAUAAAAAUUGGAAUUCAUCCACUUUA